AUGGCGACGAGUACUACAACAUCACUACUAGCAUUUCCCAUCCUUUGUUCAAUAAUCUCGAUACUCCUCACUCAACAAGCCACAGCUCAGAGCACAAUUUGUGUUGAUGACAAAGGUAACUUCACUCUCAAUACUACCUACCAUAACAACCUCAAUUACCUACUCUCAACACUUGCCACCCCACAAAACAACAACAAUUACGGCUUUUACAAUCUCUCCUACGGCAACUCACCCAACCAAGUUUACGCAAUCGCACUAUGCCGCGGCGACACAACCCCGGGCAUCUGCCGAAGCUGUCUUCGCGACUCUACUAGUGUCCUCCCAAAGCGCUGCCCAAAUCGAAAGGAGGCACUCUUAUGGUACGACUUUUGUAUGCUGCGCUAUGCUAACCGCCCCUUGUUUGGCCUAAUGGAAACUAGGCCAAACGUAGUUUAUCACAACACUGAAAAUGUUCCUUCUGAUAUUGUAGAGGAAUAUUUCAGAGUUAUUAGGAGAUUAUUAGAUGAUCUUAAAAGAAGUGCUGGUGGUGGUGGUGAUGGUGGUUCUCUUAGAAAAUUUGCUGCAGCAAAUGCUACAGCUCCAAGAUUUAGAACCAUAUAUGGACUUGUGGAGUGUACACCUGACCUGUCUAAGGAGGAUUGUGAUUAUUGUUUGGAAGAUGCAUUUGGGUAUAUUCCGGGUUGUUGUGAUGGUAAAAUAGGAGGACAAUUACUUGGACCCAGUUGUAAAUUUAGAUAUGAGGAAUACCUCUUCUAUAAUUCUACAGCUCAUGCUCACAAUAUAUAA